UCACCCUGAUUGUCGAUGGACAAUAGCUUCAAUGUGUGUGUCGAGUGUCAACUUCACGUGGAGUCCCAAGUGGUCAGUACGUCAUAUGCAACAUUUGCUGCUGCCCGAAAUAUUCUCUCAUCUUUUGCACGGUUCAGCUGCAGCAAGCAAGAAGCAAAUGUGCUUAAUUUCUUCACAGCUCCAGAGCUCUACUCUCCAAUGAUACAUCGGAAACUUUUCCCAUUUAUUAGCAACAAUUGUGUCGCACAGGGUAGUUGUAUCCAUCAACAGCACGUCUCAUCCCCCCUCGAACGUCGCGGGUCGCACCGACCUCCAGUCCUCCCCUCUGUCUCUGAAGCAACAAUGUCGAGCCCCAGCACGCUCAAAUCCGCUACGCUACUGGAGCAGAUGAAGCUCCAUCUCGCCGCCGACGCCGGUAAAGAGCUUACCAAGAAGGUCGGCCUUGUUUAUCAGAUAAACAUCGCUCCAAAGAAAUUGGGAGUCGAUGAAGAGAUUUAUAUCGUUGACCUCAAGAAAGGGGAGGUUACCAAAGGUCCGUACGAAGGGAAGCCCGAUGCCACGUUUUCCUUCAAGGACGACGAUUUUGUUAAGGUUGCCACUGGGAAAAUGAACCCACAAAUUGCUUUCAUGAGAGGCGCUAUGAAGAUUAAGGGUAGUUUGAGUGCAGCACAGAAGUUCACUCCUGACAUUUUCCCGAAACCUUCAAAAAUGUAGAUAGAACCAUAAGAAGAGAUAUUCCUGUUAGAACUAUUUCCGUUGAAUCUGUAUCUCUAAAGAUAUAUUCUUAGACUGAAAUUUCUUUUUAUUAUGCAGAAAAGUAGUGGUAGGCCAUAAUUGCUAAACACCUCGUUUUUCCAUAUGUAUUGUGACAACAAAAACAGUUCUUCCAGCCAAAAGUAUAUUGGAAUAUAAAUUUAGGUGAUCUUAAACAUUGUCA